AUAUUUCACUGCUGCUCACAAGCAGGCCGAAUAUCAAAAUUUCAUCCAACGGCGGUAGUUGCGCGGCGCGGCAAAAAAUACAUAAUAAAUAAAUAAUAAUAGAUAAUAUUAUUGUGGUAAAAUCCUAACACCCGAAUUUUUUUUCGCCCAAAAACGGUUUGUGGUCCUAUUGUUGAUCAAAAGUGCAGUUUAAAAAACACACACAAAGUCACAGGAGGAAAGCAGCGGCGAAUCCUAAGAGAAAAGGCGUGAUUGUGUGAGAGAGUGAGAGCCAGGAUAACCCGCCAUCAUGAGCAAGAAGCCAACAGUCGGACCGGCGCUCCACAAGGUCAUUAUGGUGGGGAGCGGCGGCGUUGGCAAAUCCGCCCUCACACUGCAGUUCAUGUACGACGAAUUCGUUGAGGACUAUGAGCCCACCAAGGCCGAUAGCUAUAGGAAAAAGGUUGUGCUGGACGGUGAGGAAGUACAAAUAGAUAUACUGGAUACCGCUGGGCAGGAGGACUACGCAGCCAUCAGAGAUAAUUACUUUCGCAGCGGCGAGGGUUUCCUCUGUGUCUUCUCAAUCACAGACGAUGAGAGCUUCCAGGCCACGCAGGAAUUCAGAGAACAAAUAUUGCGGGUGAAGAAUGACGAGAGCAUACCGUUCCUGCUGGUGGGCAACAAAUGCGAUUUGAAUGACAAGCGAAAGGUGCCGCUGAGCGAGUGCCAAUUGAGGGCCCAACAGUGGGCGGUGCCCUACGUGGAGACCUCGGCCAAGACGCGCGAGAAUGUCGACAAGGUAUUUUUUGAUUUGAUGCGCGAGAUAAGGUCACGAAAAACCGAAGAUUCGAAAGCCACGAGCGGGCGUGCUAAAGAUAGAUGCAAGAAGCGGAGACUUAAGUGUACCCUACUUUAGGCAUUAGGUAUUUUAUGAUCUAAUCAGGGAUAUUUCAUCGCGUAAAAAACAACGUCAGACGGACGUGAAACAGCCGCCGAAGCCCAAUUCUCAUUGCUGCCAAUUGCUGUAAGAUGAAACAACCAACAAAACAACAACUACCACAUGAUGAACAACAACAACAACAAACAACAACCACAACAAAUGCAGCAGCAAACAACUUGCAAGAACAACAACGGCCGCACGGAUAAAACCUUCAACAAAGAGCAUAACGUUAUGUUAAUAAUUAAUUAACUUAAAGAAUAAACAAAAAACACAAACACGAAAAACAAAAUGAUUUUCCGCACCAAACGAAAAACGCAAAACAAUUAAUCCAAGCAACAAAUGAGCAUUGUAAAAUACAUAAACGAUAUAUUAUUUUUUUUUUUAGGCAACAAACUGAAAAAUUUUCGCAUCUAACAGCCGGCCGUCAUGAAAAUUCCUUUCGAGUCAAGUUCUCUUUAAUUUAAACAAAUUUUUUUAGUUGACAAUUGAGACAAAAACAAGCCUAAAGCGUAAACUUAUUAAAUAUAAUCAAUCUUAGAAGCCUAAACAACCAAUUAUGCAAUUCAUUAAACACUAUAAAUAUCUUCGUUUUCUUUUUCGUAAUAAUUUUUAAUUUAAAUAGCGAAAUGCAAACACACACACACACAAAACAAACAAGAAACCUUACAGAAAAGCUUUUUAUGAAUACUUCUAUAUAUAUUUAAAUAUACAAAAA